CGGCCGCAUCGCACCGCAUAAAAAAAAUAUUUUUUGCGCUCCCUUGGUAUGGAAGAGAAAAAAACGAUCUUCAAAAAGAACAUGCUGGUCAUCCUAACGAGGGGCAGGCAGGCAUCCAGAAAGGCAAUCGUGCUCGAUGUGCUCAGUGACGAGCGGCUUUUAGUUACAGGCUUCACCAACAGGAGACGCAACAAGAAUUUAAGCACUAAAAGUGCCACGAUGUUCAUCAAGAGGAUGAAUCCCAUGCAUGUGCUUGCUACCGAAUACAUUGCAAACGUAGAUGCUAGGGUUGAGGAUGUUGAGAAGGUUUUUGCUGAUAUGAAAUACAAGAGGGACACCUUGAAAACGAUUGAGCAGGUGAUUGAGAAGCGUGCAGAGGACCGGAAUGUGCAGUGGAUGAGAAAGAGACUGGUGAUGGAUUAAAAGUGGUUCAUUUUAUGAUGGGGCUGUCUUUUGUUUUGGAGUGUACGGAGUAGUUUUGGAGUGUACGUGAGCUGUUCUGGAGUGUGUACUGUUUUGGAGUGUACGUGAGCUGUU